AUGAACAAAUUUUAUAGCAAGGACCCCUCAGCAAAAUGUGUACCCCGUCAGAAGGCAAGACAAAAGAUCAAAGGUCAUAAUUAGAGGCUUUUUUUACUGAUAUAAAAUAACAGAGCUGGAGGCCAUCUGCCAUGGCUGAACUAGAGGAGACGGAUCACGUGUCCCUGGAGCACAUAGGACUGCUGGAUGAAGGAGAGUUCCACGAAGCCUUCCUAGUGUUCUCAAGUGGGGGCACGGAAAUGUCCACUGCUAACUCUACACUGCUUCCAUUUCUCCGGUCUAUAGGAGUGAGAGUGGGGUCUAACCACAGCAUCGUACUUGAAAUUAAAAGAGCCGCCGACACGAGUCACAAAAAUCUCAUCAGAGAAGGAAAGUUAUCAGAGAUCGUAUUUCGCCACCUCCCAUCGCUGAAAUCCGAUUGGCCGUCGCACGGAGAUGCCCUCAAGGCUUUCCAAGUGUUUGACAGUGAAGGUGUAGGGUUCAUAAAGGUCACAAUGCUAAAACGGUUCCUUGUUCAGGCACAACUGGACGUGGAGGAAAGUGUGUUGGAGAGGCUGAUUCGGGACAACUGCACAAUAGAUGGCGAUGACCUCAUCAACUAUGAAGAAUUCAUUGAAAAUAUCAGUCAAAAGAACGAAUGGAGUGGACACUCUGCACUGUAGCAUAAUAAUCUUUUUUAAUUCUCUUUGUGUCACUUUCUACAACCACUGUGUGCAAGUAAACAUCACGUUAUCCAUGUACUUAUGUUAUGAGAAAUUCCUAGUUGAA